GAGAUUUGUUUUAGGGACAAGCACAUCACACAAACUCACUGCUUCUGCUUUCUUGUGUCUUUCCAUUCUUCCUCUUCCAGACCAGGAUGAGAGAGCAGCAGAGCUCAGCAGGGAGCAGAAUGAGAAGACCAUUCGCAGCACACAGACGGCUCUCCGCAAUUUCCGAGAGUUCCUCAUCUCCAAGUACCCCUCUGAGACCCGUGAGAUCUACGUCAUUCCCUGCAAAGAGCUUGAUGCCUACCUUGCUUCCUUCUUUGUGGAUGCCAGGCAAAAGGAUGGGUCUGAAUAUGAGCCAAAUAGUCUGGCCAACUAUCAGUGUGGACUCGAGCGGUAUCUCAAAGAGCACAGGUAUGGGUACAGUAUUACGAGGGAUAAGGAGUUUAAGAGGUCCCAGGAAGCCCUCAAACAAAAGCAGAUAGAGCUGAGGUGCAAAGGCAAAGGAAACAAGCCACACAAAUCCAUGAAGCUCACAUUUGCUGAUGAACUUAUCCUGCGCAAAAGAGGCUUAUUGAGCCGAUACAAUCCUGAAGGGCUGCUAAACCUUGUCUGGCUUAACAACACUAAGGCAUUUGGACACUGCACAGGCUUCCAUGGGUCCACCCUCAAGUGGGGAGACAUCCGGCUGCGGGUGACAGAGACUGGGUUGGAGUACCUGGAGUGGAUGGGGCCAGACAAUGGAGACAUCAGUGCUAAGAGCAAGAGAGGAGGGACAGACUCUCGGGUGUACGCCACCCAGCACUCCCCCCAGACCUGCCCCGUGCAAGACUACAAGGAGUAUGCCCAGCGUCGCCCUCCAGCCAUGCGCUACGAGGAUGCGCCUUUCUACCUGUCCAUCAAGCCUGUCGUCAACUUGGCUGCACUUCACUGGUAC